CUUCUGCCAGCCCCCCUCUGCCUGCUGGCGUUGUUGCUACCAUCCCUUGGUCUGGGGGCCCCCAUCUCGCCAGCUGAGUCCAUCAGCCAAGCCUAUAGCCUUGCCCUCUACAUGCAGAAGAAUACGUCAGUGCUCCUGCAGGCUUAUCUCCAGUACCAGGGCAGCCCUUCUAGUGACCCUGGCUUCUCGCCCGAGCUCCAGCUCAGCAGCCUGCCGCCUGCCGCUGUCUCCUUCAAAACCUGGCAUGCCUUGGAUGAUGGGGAGCGGCUGGGCCAGGCCCAGGGGGCCUUCCUGGCCUUGACUCAGCACCUCCAGCUCGUGGGGGACGACCAGAGCUACCUGAACCCUGGCAGUCCUGUCCUGCUGGCUCAGCUCAGGGCUGCAAGACUCAGGGCCCAAGGCCUGCUGGGCAACGUGGCUGCCAUCAUGACUGCCCUGGGCCUGCCCAUCCCCCCGGAGGAGGACACUCUCAGGCUUGUCACCUCUGGGGCCUCAGCCUUCGAGAGGAAAUGUCGAGGCUAUGUAGUGACCCGGGAAUAUGGCCAGUGGACAGACCGAGCUGUGAGGGACUUGGCUCUGCUCAAGGCCAAACACCCUGGGCAGAGGAGGCAGGACUUCCUUCAGAGGCUGCACCACUUCUGUCACAGCGGACUCUUUCUGCCUUGCUUCUUGGCUGGACAGGAGGCACAUCUUGUCCGGCAGACAGGGAUUGUGUGCCCUGUACUGGGACUGUUUCCUGGGAACCAGGUCUCAAGUCCCGUUGCCUGGGCCUUCCUGCCUGGGGCCUGAGCCUCCCUUCCAGCUCUGGGUGGGACUCCAAGGAGAUCGUCUCAUGAGUCACCAGUCCAGUGGUCCUGGCUGCCCACCUCCUGGCUGCCGAGAAAUACCUCUUUGAAGAGGCCUCAGUUCCCACUCUAC